GAGAACACGAUCAAUAACCAUCACACAAUAAGUAUAUAGAUAAACUCUGUUCGAAGCUACAACGAAAUAAAAACUAUGUAUUAAAGUCUCACGCUAAAGCAAUCAUAACGUGUUAAUUGUGAUGGCUUUUGGAACUUGGAAAAUGAGUCUAAAUGAAUGGAUUUACGUAUUCGUAGCAGUCAUUCUAAGAUGUACAAAUUCGCUACAUAUAAGCGAGUGGUAUCCUAUUGAAGCUCAGAAAUCUAGUCCUCUAAUGAUUCCACAUCCCUUACAAGACAAACCCGCCAAGGUAGAGGUGCAAGUCAAAGUUAGAGAAAACGGAAAUGACGUCAUAUUCCCUGCAUCGGGAUCCGCACAACGUGACGAUGACUCAGACAACGUUUACGGGGGUGUUGUUUACUUUUACAACGAACGCCACGUGAAGAUCUUCGUUCCUGUUCGUGACGAAAAUACAAAUAAGGGAGGCAUUAUCUACUCAGGUGGAAAUUUAUUUACUGGACCAUUUUCUGCUCACUACGUAAUGGGUGAAGUCAGAGUUAAAGUUUGGGGCAUAUGUGAUCUUCCACAAGCUAACUUUACUUCAUCAGGAACUACCAUUUCAUCGAGUCUUAAUUUCAAGACAAUCAGCCAUGGACUGGGAACAGUACCCGAUCUGGUUGUGGUGCAAGUGGUGAUGACAAACGGUUACAUUUCCGAUGCGGGAGGUGUUACCUUCAGUUCAGUGAGAGAAACACAUCAAUCUAUUUGCGGAACGAUAUUUGCAGUUAAUAACAAUGCUAUUAAGAUUUGGGCUAUGUCAGACUAUGUGGCGUGUGCACGUGAUGGUUGGGGGUCUGAAGAGAUCGGUGACACAUCUGGUACCUUACACAUACAAGCCUGGCUACUUGAUUCCUGUAAAAAGAAAUUUUCAAGAACCUUCAUGAUGGAUAAAGACAACAUCAAUACAAUGUUUCCAACGGUGGACAAUGUUCAGUUUGAUUCACCAUACAGCCUGACUUCAACGAUAGUCUCUGUACAGGUGAAAGUUUUCACACCAAACAAUGCCGGGUUCGUGUUCUACGCCGGUGGAAGUGCGAUGAUUGACACAUCAUCAGACCGAUACGGCGCCAUUAUAUACGGUUACACAGAAACAGAAGUGUUUCUAUGGAGGCCGGACAAAGACACAUCUAAUGUUUUUUUGGUCUAUGUUGGCGGGGAAUGGGGAAAUGGAGAAAGCAGCCAGCAGGGUUCUAUUGUAGAGGUCACUGUUAAGGUCCUAGAGGUCGAUGGUGUGUACUGACUCUGUGUAAAAUGAUAUACAAUUAGGUAUUCAUUUCAUAUGCGUAUCUUAAAAAAAGCAGCAAAACAUUUUAAAACUCAUCCUAAAUUGUAAUAUGAUAUUUUUGUUUAAUAUUUGGCUGUGUAAUCAAUUAAAAGAAAAGAUUGUUUUUAAAUUAAUGGCUUUUUGGAACUAAAGACAAACGAGUACUGUACUUUCUGUAGUCUUUUUAUCAUUUUAACGAUAAAUUUUUUUAACAUGAUCGGU